AGUUUGGAGUCCCCGGAUUACUUAAAGGUGCGGAUGAGACUAAACGCGACCUAAAAUGUGGUGCUAAGCCUCACUAUAUUCGUCUCGUCAUUUUUAUUUCCAAAGGGAGCGUUGCACGCGAGUUGAAAAAUCAGACGGAUGUGAUACACGCGUGUUUUUGGUGUGGAAGGAAGGCAGGUCCCUUCGCAAAGAUUAGAUAACGAACAUAUAAAUUUAUAUUUUUUGAUAAUCUUUUGCAUAAGACUGUAAAUAUUUUCUACUGACUCAAGCGACAAAAAUCCCAGCAGCAGAUGUGUGACCUAUUUUAAGAAGAUUUCCCCAACGAUAUUUUCCAAGAGCUUUUAGACGCUAUUUUGUAUAGAACUAGAGUAAAGAAAUAUAAGAGUAAGUUUUAUAUGUGGUAUUUUGUGCCGAAUGUCUGUGAAAUAAGAUUCCCUUGUGAUACCAUCCGCCAAAGCCGUUCAGGAAACCAGCAGCCAUGUUGGUGGCUAUACCAGAAGUGCCCGAGACGAGUCACCAGGGUUCCACCGGGGUAUCGGGCAGCUCGCAGACGACGACGGCGGCUUCCACCAACAAUACCAACCGCCACCACCACCACCACCACCACCAGCAGACGAUAUCCGUGAAGCACUGCAGCUUGUUGCUGGCUCCUACGGCACAGCAGUCCUUGGAAUCGUCGUCGUCGUCGUCUCCAUCCUCGCCAGGAUCCCCCCGCUCCAUCCUGGGGAGUCCCCUCGGAGGAGGGGUGGGACUCUUCUCCGACUUGGUGGUCAAGAGGGAAAUGAAACCGCCGAUGUCAGCCACGAUUCCCAAAUCACGGAAUCACCACCGCCGCACCCCCCCGACCCCUCCGGCCCACUCCCCCUCUCCGCCGACGCUGACUCCGCCCCCUAUUAUGACGUCACAGUCUUCAACCUCGCCCCUCAGUCACACCGAUCCGUCAUUAUCCACAGAGGGACCUUCUUGUCACAGAGGACCCCUGAUGCAGACCUCCAGUUAUUCCAUCCAGCCGGAAUUCGAUGUCUCACCUCUUGGUCCAUGCUUCCACUAUCCUCUAAUACGGACCCUAAAUAAAAUAUCUUCGUCUCACGUUAUGGAAAUAAAUACGUCAUAUGCUACCCCGUUGGUUAAAAAAGAGGUGAGCAGCCCGCCCCUGGGCUCGCCUCACCUAGGUUCGCCUCAGCUGCCGCCUUGCUCAACCACCGAAAUCCACAACAUGGCCAACGAUGCAGUCACGGCGGAUUCCUUCCAGCAGCGAAUAUUUCAGCUCAAACAAGAACAACAAAAACAACAAGAGAUGCUGCUGCAACAGUACCAACAACAGCAACAGCAGCUGGCUGAACAGCACGAAAAGCAGCUGCAACAGCAUAUAAUGCUUCAACAAAGUCUGCUGUAUCACCAAUUUCAACAGGAGCAUCAGAGACUCCUGGAACAACAACAAAACGAGCUCCAAACGCACCUCAAGCAGCAGUAUUUGGAGCAGCAGUCCCAGAGGGCCGAGGAAGAGCGAGCAGAAAAGCAGCGUAAAGAACAGGAGCGCCUAGAGGCCCUCGUCAAAGGAAAAGACAAACAUGCGCAGUCGGCUGUUGCGUCCUCCGAGGUCAAGCAGAGACUUCAGGAGGUACUUCUGCAGAAGAAGCAGCAGAGAGAAGCCGCGGCAGGAGUUGGAGGCUCCUCCAAUUUGCGAAAUUGGCUCACCACACAACGAAGUCUGGAAAAGAACUCCCCUUCAAGCUACCCAGCUAAUGCCGCUCCUUCAUCUUCUUCACACCCAUACAGGCCGCCCGGUCACGCUCUGAAGUACGAGGACGACUUCCCCCUGAGGAAGACAGCAUCCGAGCCCAACAUAUGCUUGAAGGCACGACACAAGCAGAGAGUCAGCAAUGAACGCCGGCCUUCGCCAUUGGUCCGGCGAAAAGACCGUCCACCCGGACCUAUCAAAAGACGCCAAACAUACACAGUGGAGAGUGGAUCGACGCCAGACAGCGGACAGAGUUCACCUCCAAAUGGACUGCCGGCAUCGAGGUCUUCCUCAGGGUCGACACCCAUUCAUGAAGAGGGAGGUGGCUCUCCAUAUGGGGCUUUGGGUGGUGGUGGUCAAGGCUCCUGUUCGGACCUCACUCUCUACUCCUCACCAUCGCUGCCCAACAUCUCUCUUGGCCGUCCCCCACAUUCCACACAACCCGAGGGGAUGAAACUGCCGAUAGUAUCUGAAGCUGAGAUGCGCACACCAGUCAAUCCUCACCUAGGGAUGGCACUCACUGGUCAUGUACUCUCAUCAAAUUUGCCAUAUUAUCCAACACUACCAGUUAUAGAUGGAGAGGGUUACAGUACGGGUGCUUCUAGCAUUGGUCGACAGCAGGUGGUAACAGCCAUGGAUACUAGUCCUGGAGGUAUCAUACAAGGAGGCAUUUAUCCACACACUAUAAUACCCUCAGAUGCACAGUACUCGGAAUUUCAGAUACGGCCGAGUCGUACCAUGCAGCGCCCACUAAGCAGAACACACUCUUCACCGUUACCUCUGGGACAUCCCAUGUUACAAGGCACCCCUCCAACGUUCCUCCCUCACGCACCUCCGUCUGUCCAUCAAUAUGAUGCAAAACAUACUAUGGACCAACACAUGUUGAAACAGCACAUACGACAAACAGUAUUGUCACGAACUCCAAGCAAAAAUCAUGUGGAAAAUGUGGCAGAAGAAACUGAAGCUGCUGUUGCUCAGGCUAUUGCUCCAGAUAAAACUCCUGAAGAAGAAGAGGAGGAAGUUCUGCAUGAAGAAGAGCCAGAGGUUAUAGAUCUGACUGAGCGAAAGAUGGAAGAAAGCUCUAUAGCGAGGCAACAACGUGACCGGGCUAUGUUCCUGAAGCACCAACGAGAACUUUUAACUACAAAACCACCAUCCUUACACUCUACGUCCGGUUCUACCUAUCCUCAUCGGUCUGGGAAUCACAUAGCAAGACCUUUAUCUCGAGCCCUAAGUUCGCCACUUGUAACCCUUUCUCCACAGGGAUCGCCACAAGAACCUUUGAGUAUGAACAAACAGGGAGCAACAACAGGUUUUGCAUAUGACAAUCUGAUGUUAAAGCAUCAGUGCAUUUGUGGAGAUAAUUCACAUCACCCUGAACAUGGAGGUCGUCUUCAGUCCAUAUGGGCAAGACUACAAGAAACAGCAUUAAUUCAUCGUUGCCAUAGAACACGACCACGUAAAGCUACCCUUGAAGAAAUACAGUCUUGUCACAGCGAAGCGCACACACUGCUCUUUGGUACCAAUCCUUGGAAUCGAUCCCGACUAGAUCCCAGCAAAUUUGCCGAGUUACCUAUUAAAAGUUUUGUAAGAUUACAUUGUAGUGGUGUGGGUGUAGAUUCAGACACAACUUGGAAUGAAAUCCAUACAUCAUCAGCGGCAAGAAUGGCUGCAGGCUGUGUUAUAGAUUUGGCAUUCAAAGUUGCAACAGGAGAGCUACGAAAUGGUUUUGCCUUAGUUAGACCGCCAGGUCACCACGCUGAACGGCAACAGGCAAUGGGCUUUUGCUUUUUUAAUUCUGUUGCUAUAGCAGCAAGACAGUUGCAUCAGAAGCUCAAUAUUGAAAAAAUUCUAAUAAUUGACUGGGAUGUCCAUCAUGGGAACGGAACUCAGUCCAUGUUUUAUGAUGACAGAAAUAUUCUUUACAUUUCCGUGCAUCGAUAUGAUGAUGGAAGCUUUUUCCCUGGGACAGGAGCGCCAACAGAGGUGGGCGAAGGUGAUGGAUAUGGAUUCAACGUAAACAUUGCCUUCUCAGGUGGUUUAAAUCCACCAAUGGGGGAUGCUGAAUAUAUGGCUGCCUUUAGAACUGUAGUAAUGCCUAUUGCCAAGGAUUUUGAUCCAGAAAUAAUCCUGGUGAGUGCAGGAUUUGAUGCAGCAGAAGGUCAUCCUUCUCCACUUGGUGGUUACAAAGUCUCUGCUAGCUGCUUUGCUCACAUGACCAAACAGCUAAUGACACUUGCACGGGGCAAGGUUGUCUUGGCUCUUGAAGGAGGCUAUAAUUUAACUAGCAUCUGUGAUGCUACAGAAGCUUGUGUACGUGCAUUAACUAGUGAUGAGGCUCCACCCAUUAGUGAGUCAGAGAUGAGCAGACCACCUUGCCAGAGUGCUGUAGAUACCUUACAGAAUGUCAUUGCUGUACAAAGUAUUCAUUGGCCAGUUGUGAGAAGGCAAAGUGGAGCAAUUGCAUUGUCAGCAUUAGAAGCUCAGGGACGAGAGGAAGAACAGGAAACUGUGUCUGCAAUGGCCUCAUUGAAAGUUGAUCCUCAGAGUCAACAAUCACAGAGUCCUGAACCUGCACCAAAAAGUCCAGCCACUGAAACUCCAAAUGAUGAGGAAGAACCCAUGGAAGAAGACACGGAAGUGAAGUAACAAAAGAUAUAAAAAUAUAAAAAAAACACUAAGAAUAUCUUGAAGUCCAGAGUGUGUACUAGAAUCCAGAAACACUGUUACCCAUUAAUUUUAGGCCUUCACUGCCUCCCAGAUACAGUGCUGUGAAAGCAGUGUACUGUGUUUGCAUUUCAAUGUGCUGCUUGUGGUUGCCCCUCUGCAGGUAGAGGGGGCCCUAGGCAUGCUCCUCUUUGCCGAGUGACCAGUGAUAUUUAGUGUUAAUUGUUCCGGUGUGGUAGAUGUCCGUACAUCACCCAGUGAUGAAAACUAUAAAGAAGGUGGUUUGUGAUGAUAUUUGCUGAGUGAACCUGACACUUGGCAGCAGUGUCUUUGACUCUCCCCAUAUUGGGUAGGGCACUGGAACUAUUUCAGGCAGUGAUGUGAGUCAAGAUGUGAUGAGUGCCCAUUGUUCGCAUUUGGGCUUGUUCGAUGAACCAAAGAUUAGGUAGAUUUUUAUGAUGUGCAUACACGGUGUCUUAAAUUUCUUAAGGUUGUAGUGUUCCAUAGGUAAACAAGACUGAGUUAUGCAGUCAUAUUUAUUGAUGAACCACAUUUAUUUUCAUUACAUAAUAUGAGAGUAAGUUUGUAUGUACUGCUGAGAAGCAGUUUCCUGACUGAAUGUGCAGCCCAGUGCAAAUGUAUUUCAAAAUACAAAAUGUCAUUAUCAUUGGACCAGCCUCAAGCUAAAUCAUGACACCUUAAUACUUGUGCCAACCACUUAACAGAUGUUUUUCUGUUGACAGACUUUAACUUUGAAUAUGUUAGUAUUCAUAUAGUGUUUAGUAGAUAAAUGUAUAAUAUACAUAUAUAUAUUAUAUAUAUUCAAUUUUAUGUAUUUCAGAUUUUAUUUGUUCACCUCACCUGAUGGUGUAAAAUUUAUGUCACUUAAGUGCACAAAACAUGUUACUUGCAAGCCUUACUUAUUAGCGGAAAGGUUGGGUGGUACCUAUUUGCAUCGGUAUGCUAUUGGGCUUAUUGUCAUGGGACAAUUCACAGGUGUUGUGCCAGGAUGUUACGUCAAAGGCUUGCCCUUUGCAAAUUGGGGUAAAGUGCUCCUCUUUCCACACUUCUGCCUUUCUGUACUAUAUCUUGUCACCUAAUGUAUCUCGGUAAAGAAAAUAAUGAAAACAAAGGUAAAAAGGAACCAUAGAGGCCAAACUGUUUGGAGGGUAAGUGACCCACAAUGCCUUGCUGGGACCUUACUUGUACAAAUCCAUAAUUACCUCUACAUCUACACCAGGCUCACGAGCACUAGUCAGAAUCACAACCCCCUGUCCACAAUAAUUCAGGCAUGUAAGAUGUGUGUUCUGGUACUACUCAGCUCAAGGCUUUACAAUAAAGGACCAGCCAUUCAUAUGGUUUCAGGAAGGCAUGAGCAUCCCCUCCUGUAUCCUGUAUCUUGUCCUUGUAUGGUCACGGUGUCCACAUAAUAAACUGGCAUAUGUUCAACAGGUACUAA